AUGAAUAAUGAAAUUUAUAAAGUUUGUUUUAUCCUCAUUUAUAUUCACAUAAAUGUUCCAAUAACAAUUCAGGAAAGUGUUGAUGUAAAAGUGAAAGGCAGUAUAUUUAUUGGAAAACAGUUAUUCAGUGUUUUUCAAAACAAACCUUACAGUGCAUUUUGGAAAAUACCUUACGCUAAAGAGCCAUUACGUGAAUUAAGAUUUAAACCACCGGAGUUGAAUAAAUUGCGCAAUGAAACAUUCGACUACAGUAAUUGUCGCAAAGAUACUUGUAGAUGUUAUGAAGAAGAUUGUCUUCAUCUAUCCAUUUUCAUGCCGUUUUUAUAUAAUCAAACACGGAGUAUUCCGGUCGUUGUUUGGCUUGGUGGUACUUCCAAAUCAUUACGUCCAGAUUUUUUUAUAGAAGAAGAGGUGGUCGUGGUCACAGUAUCGUAUAGAAAAGGUAUUUUUGGUUUUUUAAAUACCGGUGAUGAGUUUGCUGAAGGUAAUAUGGGAGCAAAAGAUACAGUGGUAGCGUUGAAGUGGAUUAAUAGUUACAUUGGUUCAUUUCAUGGAGAUCCUAAUAGAGUAACAGUUGUAGGCGUAAGAAAGGCAGCUACUAUAGUUGCGUCAUUACUUCUCACUUCUGUGGCUGAUGGCUUGUUCAAAAGAGUGAUAAUUAUGAGCGGUAGUGCACUUUCACCCUCUGACUACAGAAAUUAUAAUUUUGAAGUAACAAAUAAACUAUACUGGAACCUAAACGGUACUUUGGAUAAACUGAACCGUACUAAACUCUAUGAAAUGCUAAAAAAUUAUACUACUACCGAGAUAUAUUUAGCAUCUCGAGACAUUUUUGACAGUACAGAUGUUCGUGACAAUCAGAGGUUGAUAAACGCUUUCAGUCUAAGUGUUGAAAGUUCUAAAGAUGCUUUCAUGAAAAGACCUCCUUGGGAAGUUUACAAAUCACGACUCACAAAUAACAAUAUAGAUGUUCUUAUGGGCUACACGAGCCUGGAAUCUCUUUACAAAUUAAACGGUUUUGCUGAUAAUAAAAAUCUUUUGAUGUAUUUGAAUUACAAUUUUCAAUAUUUAUUGCCGUUCGAGGGAAUAAAGGAUGAAUACGGUUCGAAACGAUAUAGAAAGAUACGGAAGAAAAUAAUGGAUUUUUAUUUUAUUAAUGGGACUAUUGGAGUGAGAAGUUUGAGGCGUUACGCAAAAUACGUUUCGGACCAAGUGAUUUAUCCUUUAGUGCGUCAGGCGCGCCUCCACGCCGAGGUGUCUUGCAGGAACGUUUACCUAUACAGAUUCUCGUUUAAGGGAUUGUUUAAUAUGGGUUGGGACUCAUCAGUUCCUUAUUUGAAUUGGAGUGGAGCGACUGCUGGUGACGAAAUCUGUUACCUUUUCAAAUGUAAAUCAGUAUACGUCGACUACAAUAAUGCUGAUGCGUCGAUUGAAGGGCAGUUCAUUAAGAAAUUUUUGCGGCUGCUAACAAAUUUCGCCAAGAGCGGGGAUCCGACCCCGACGACCAUGGAUAAUAUUUUAGGGGAUCUCAAAUGGGAACCUUUGAGGUCCGACAAGUCUUUAAGGGCCAUGAAUUUGAGUCGCAAGCUUAAAAUGGUCGACGUACCAGAAGGGAAAAGGGUGAAGUUUUGGGAUGAGUUAAAAAGUGAAUUCUUUGCCGAGCAAGUUUACAAAGAGGAAUUUUAA